ACUAACAGGCAGAGGUGCUGUGCACACCAACAAGAACCUAUGCUAAGUGUUCGCUCCCGCAGUAGGACAAGGCAAUCGUUUCURAUUUUUCCCACCAUUGAAUCUUAAGCGAGAGAAGAAGAGAUAGAUCGAGAUGUCGAAGAGYAGUAGUAUGAAUGGCAGUGGUGUCGAUCCGACGACGAAUGGCAAGAAAGGGAAUGCCAACGAAAAAUCGAUAUCGCGGAAACAACAAAAGCUAGAGGCUGUCAACGCAUCGAUGAGAUCGAACGAAGAUGAUCUCGCGUCGAGCAAAGUAGAAGUAUUGCUUUUUCAGAAUCGUGUCUCGUCCCUCGAAAGCACGAUCCUAGCCGGAAUCCAGGAAAAGGCRAAGCUGCUAGCAGCCGAAGAAACUUACAAAAGCAAAAGCGAAGACAAGAAAACUACUGAUGGGCAAAAAGAGUCGGUKCAACUGCUGGAACURCAAGCGAAACUCAAGACGAGCGAAGCCGACCUUGCCACAAACAAACUGGAAUUGAGUCGUCUCCGAGAUCGUGUCGUGUCUCUUGAAUACAAAAUCAUUGCAGAAAUCCAGGAAAAAGCGCGGAUAAACUUGAUGAAUGAGGAUGGUGAUGCACCAGAAUUUUCGAUAGUCUCUCCUACCAAGCGCCAGAAGAAAGUGUAGAGAAGGCAAUGAAUAGGCACGAUCCAUCGCGUUGGAACAGCACCCUGUUGUUCCGGCAAAAAGGUAUGUUUCAUACGCAUACUGUUUUAUGCGAAUGAAAAUUAGAACUAAAC